CCGGAAGUAGGUUUUGACGCAUGUGCAUAGAAACAGGGAAGAGGAAAAUGUAUGUUUUCCUGGAAGAUCGAAACAAUACGCAAAACAAUACACCCAGUUUGGCUGUAUAAGAGUUUGCAGAAUAGAUCAUAGCACCAACCUACAACCAUGUCAGCUGGAGAAGAAUCAAAGUCUGGAAAAACUGGAGAAGCAGAUGAGGUGUCAACAAGUUCUGGUAACAUGAACACAUCAACUAUAGCUCUGGGCUUUCAAGCAUUAGCAGAAAGUGGUGACUUGGACAGCUCAACGGCAGUGUAUGGGCCAGUCAACUGCCCCGCUCGAAACAGAUCUGAACACGUGUGUAGUGUCAUACAGCUCAGAUAUUAAAGAUGAGAAUGCUAAACGCGGCAGUUGUGGCCUGUACAACCUAGGCAACACAUGUUUCAUGAACUCCGGUCUUCAGUGUCUGCUCAGCACCCCCGCCCUUCUCCACUUCAUGUUUCGUUACCAUAGAGAUGCUGGCAUCCCAGACAACACCCUAUUGGGAGAGUUUCGACGUUUACUGGCCAAGGUGUGGAGUGGUCAAUUUUCCGUUGUCUACCCUCGAGAGUUUAAGCAAAUCCUUGGACUGUACCACCCGCAGUUUCAAGACUUUAGACAGCAUGACUGCCAGGAGUUCCUUGCACUGCUGUUGGACAGCCUCCAUGAGCAGCUGAACUUCAAGGCUAAUCCAAAUAAGGAGACGGAGCCCAGUUCAAGCAAACAGCCAAUCAGAUUUGAGAACAACAUCAACAACCAGGCCAUUGGUCAGAGUCACUCAGAGCAAAACUCUAUUGACAAAUCCCGGAAUGCAGUGACUUGUGUGUCUUCGUUGACAUUUGACAAUAUGAAAGAGACCAAGAAACCUCAAGUACAGAGUUUAUCGAAAAUGGAAGAAAAGCCUUCCACAUCACAGUGUAAAAACUUGCUUUUCCCAUUCACUGUGAAUCAGAUCUCAGAAGACAGUAAUCAUUCCACAGUGUCGGAGCAAAGCUCAGAUUCCGACCAGUGCUCUGUGAUGAAAAAUCUUAAACUGCGGUCAAGCCCUGUUGUUAGUCAAUCGGGGGAAUGCCUGUCAAGCAAGGUGAUGAAUGAUUGUGAGACUAGAGAUUAUGGGGUGUCAUCGUCAGAUGAUGCAUGCAUUGGACGUGAACAUGGGUUGUUUGAUGAUUCCAAAGAUGGGGAAAGUGAACAUCAGUUUAAGCGAGUGUCAAGUCUUCAAGAUAUGCGUGUUCCUGUUGUAGCCAAGUGUGCAGUGAUUUCUAAAGCAUCUAGUGAAUUUAAUCUGGUCAAUAAAGCAUCUCCAUACUGUGAUAAUGAACAAGGUGCAACUCCGAUGGAUGCAACAGAUAGUGAGCCUAGUUGUUCUUACGUAGACAGUAUUGAUAUGAGUGUAAGGAACUGUGAUUCAUCCGGUAAUACUGUCGAGCUGCCAGUGGUUCUGAACAAUGCUAUGCAGAACACACCAGUACCUCUUUUGGAAGAUAUAUACUCGAAGGAGACAAAAACAUUGAAUACAAAUGUCCUUGCCUCAGAAUACAAUCAAGAAAGAGUGAACACAGAUUCAGAAAAGUUUGCUAAACAAGACAACACGGAUGAAAGGUCUGAAUUAUUGAUAGAUGAAGAAGACAUUAUACAAUCUGUGUCCGACAUUACAACAAAAGCGGAUGGUUACGAACAUCCUAAAGUGAAGGAUGUAAAUAUAAGAGCGGACAAGAAGAGCAAAUCUCCGAAGGGAGCUUGUGGGGGGAGUGGGCCUAUAAAUGAUGAGAAGGAGGAGUGUUUCGCACUGAACAACGUGAAGAGGAUGAAGUUUGAAGGAACCGAAAAAAAUCUACAGAUGCAGGAGAUAUGUAAACUGCACAAGAAGGCCCUCCUAUGUGAGGCGCUGAAGGUCGAUAAACCUGCAGACAGAACUCUCGCUGCCAACACCGACCAGCCAAUGUUCAAAAAGGAUCUGAGUCCCAGUACCGACUCUGACAUGGAGAGUGAAGGAGGAGAUGGUGAUCAUGAAGCCAACAUGGAAGUCUCCGAUGACGAGGAUGACGGGCCGGUCAUGUGUGGCACUCGCGCGGAAACCUGCUUCUCGACGUUGGAAGUGACGGCUGCCGAGGAGUCAUGGCAUAACUAUCUGAGCAGAAACGACAGUGUCAUGGUGGACACAUUCCAGGGGCAGUUUAAGUCUACUGUGAUAUGUGCGGAGUGUAACCAGCUGUCAGUGACGUUCGAGCCAUUCAUGUACUUGUCCGUACCAAUCCCACAUGCAAUGGAAAGACAACUCUGUGUAACAUUGAUAUCAGGGAACUCUGAGCCGACACGCUACCUCCUUACCAUGCAUAAACAGGACAAGAUAUCCCACGUGAAGCAGCAACUCUGUGCUCUGAUUGGUCGAAAUGUUGGUGACCUCAUCAUUGCUGAGGUGCUGGAUUGGCACAUCUCAAGAAUUCUGGAAGAUAACACAAUGCUGCGAUAUAUCAAUGACUCAUCUCGCAAGCUGUAUGCAUUUGAAUUAGAGCACAGCGAUGCAGACACUUCUACUGAUCCUCUUCUUACAUCUAACGAUGACAACAAUGCCACACCAUCAAACUCACAAGACAGCAUGACCGCUCAGCCAGACAUUUUCACCAAUGUAGACACUUUCAUGCCAUCCCAGAGUCUCUCAUUUGAAACAGGCUCAGAUUCAUGUACCAUUUUAAACCGGCACAACCCAUAUGGAUCCAUGGCAGGUGCAAAUUGUGACAAAUUCCAGCAAAAUGAUGUAUUUGACCCAGUGACUGGUACCACUUCCGAGGGAAAUGUGUAUUACAGUGAAGGGAACCAUUCUGAUCUUGUGUUGCCCUCUAGUGGGGACCUGGAUGUGAUAGGGACGGGACUGUGGGAGUGGGGCCAGAGAGGUGAGGCACCAGAGAAAAGGCGGGGCAGCCUGGAGACUGAGGAUGGCUGGCCUGGGGCUGACAGCACCACCAUAGGUCAAAAUGGAACAAACCUUGCUGAGGAUGUUGCCAAGGCCAUCAGCAUUCAAAACCUUGCGCCCGACAGUGGUGGCUUGACACAUGGUCAAAAUGGGGGUGAGGGAGAGGCAGGUGGUUUGGCUACAGGGCAGACUGGGGGUGGGGACAGCGGGUGGAAAUCAUGUGCAAUAUGUCUGGAGGAUUUACCAGAGAUGGAGCUGAUGGUACACACUACGUGCGGUGGAACAUUUUGCUCCACUUGUCUUGAGAUGUCUGUCCAGCACUACAGUGAGUCAGCCUAUUGUUGUCCAGUGUGUUCCACUCCUGCAGUGAUUACUGAGGACUUUGUUCCACUACUAAAUGCUGGAAGUCAUAAACCAAAAACAAGGAUCGUGUCAGUUCCAAUCUCGUACCGGAGUGAGAGUGGGGUGUCAGGGGCUGCAACUCCGGCCCUGUUUGCACACCCUGACCUUAUGAAUUUACCCAGUAAUCUCCCUGGACAUCUUGUAGCCGCCCAUGUAAGGGAAAGGCAUCCGGGCCUCACAGACUUCAGGGUUCUGCUUACAGAUGGAACUGGCCUCAAAUGUUCACGCUGCCUUUAUAUCGAGCACUGCAGUGGCUGUGAAGUACCCCUAGAUGGAGAGGUGAUCCUGCGUCCAGGUGACCACCUAACGGUCAGUGUUGCUGCGGUCAGUGAGGGUGCUGUAACUAAUGGUCAGUCAGUCACUGACCACUGCUCCAUGGACAACCUUCGGCCGUCUGACCCUGUCACUCUCCUAGACUGCUUCAGUGCUUUCACACAGAGCGAGGAGCUAGAUGCCCACAACCCCUGGUACUGCCCUCACUGUAAACAGAACCAGCCUGCAAGGAAGACCAUGACUGUGUGGCACUACCCUGAUACGCUCAUUAUACACCUCAAGAGGUUUGUGUUCCACGAGUUGUCAAGUACCAAAGUGGACAAUAAGGUCGUGUUUCCCCUAGACAACCUUGACCUUAACACCUUCAUCUCCGGACCAAAUACAAAGAACCUCGACUACAACCUCUACAGCCUUGUCUGUCAUUUUGGAGGAGCUCAUUCCGGUCACUACACGGCCUAUGCCCGACACCCAGUGGAUGGGAAGUGGUAUUACUAUAACGAUGAGACUGUCACGGAGAUGACCCCCAGUGACCCUGAGUUCUCAAGUACAUAUGUACUCUUCUAUCAGCGAGCAGACACUGCGAGACCUCUGAAUAUUCCAGAAGACCUUGACCUUGGCUUUGGCAGCAGUGACCUUGACCCUGUGAUCUCAAGCAGUGUGCCAACCUUUGAACUUCCGGCUCCAGAGGUCAUUCUCAGUGACCCCAGCUUGACCUCUACUACUUGUCACACUUUGGAACCCUCUAAAGGGUCAUGUGACCUGUCUGUUGCUAAGGAAACAAAUACACGGGAUGAAAGUGAUGGUCUGAGUGCAGAGAAGAUUCCAGUGAGGGCAGAACUAGCAGAAGCAGACAGUUCAACAUACGACUUCUAUGCUUGAGUUAGUCAUUGACAAUUUCUCUGUAUGUUCUUCAAAAGUGUGUUAAGAUCAGAGAUUAUUUUACCAUUUAGUUGAGAUCUGCCAAUGAGGGCCAUCAGUCAUUUAUUUCCCUUUGCCAAUAUAUUAUUUGUACGGUAACCCUGUGUUUCUGUGGCAGAAAACACACUAUUCAGUUUUUUUCUGUUUUUUUUCUCAGUUUUCCAUACUUUUUGCAAAACCUAAUAUUCCUACUUUUUAUUGAAAAUAGUCAUUUAAAGAUCAGUUAUCUCUUUUAACAGUAAAAUGUGAUGACAGAUAACCUAACAAAUGCAAAACGUGGUAUUUUAGUCAAUUAAAAUAAUGUCGAGUUGGCUUAAAUUAAAACCUGUAAUUGAGACCUUAUUUUCAUCACAGCUUUAAUAAAAUUAGACCUAGGGCAUAGAAAAAAGAAUAUUGGAAUUAAAAAAAAAAGUUUUAUUUUCUUUUUGAAACUACAUUUUCUACCAUUUGUCAAACAUCUACUUUUAUUCGUACUUUCGUAUGGGACAGUGAUAGAAAGCUUGCAAUAUUGUUUUGGUUGGGAAAAAUACCUGUAUGGAAACAGGUACCUUUGUUGUUUGAUGUUAAUUCAUUGAUCUAUUAAUCAAUCACAUAGAGUGACAUUUAUCACCGUAAUGCACUAAACAUGCAUACGUAUCUGCAGCUGCAAUGAACAAUGUUGGUCCACCUACAUGUACCUACUAUAAAUAGCAUAUCAGGUCAAGGUCACAGCCAGUUUGUAAGGUCAAUAUUUGUGAUUUUGUAACAUUCCAGUGUUUAGAAAGAAAUACUAGGGUUAUUUUAACUUGAGAUCGUAAUACAUGUUCAUUGUAAUACUAUGUGUUUUUACAAAGUGUAUUGAUUCUGAUGAAUGCAUUUGUAUAGUUUAGUCCAAUUGCUGUCAAUGUUUAUGAACAGUCUCAAGUCCAAUUUCAAACUCAAAACUUAAAAUUGUGAAUCUUUAUUACACUGUAACUUUUCUGUUAGCAGAGCAUCAAUGGUAAACUCUGCUGAAUCCAAGAGCAGUAUUCACUAAGCCUUGAGUCUGAGACUUUAGACUGUAAUUAUGGGUCCAGGAGCAGUAUUCACUAAGCCUUGAGUCUGAGACUUUAGACUGUAAUUAUGGGUCCAGGAGCAGUAUUUACUAAGCCUUGAGUCUGAGACUUUAGACUGUAAUUAUGGGUCCAGGAGCAGUAUUUACUAAGCCUUGAGUAUGAGACUUAAGACUGUAAUUAUGGGUCCAGGAGCAGUAUUUACUAAGCCUUGAGUCUGAGACUUUAGACUGUAAUUAUGGGUCCAGGAGCAGUAUUCACUAAGCCUUGAGUCUGAGACUUUAGACUGUAAUUAUUGGUCCAGGAGCAGUAUUCACUAAGCCUUGAGUCUGAGACUUUAGACUGUAACUAUGGGUCCAGGAGCAGUAUUCACUAAGCCUUGAGUCUGAGACUUUAGACUGUAAUUAUGGGUCCAGGAGCAGUAUUCACUAAGCCUUGAGUCUGAGACUUUAGACUGUAAUUAUGGGUCCAGGAGCAGUAUUUACUAAGCCUUGAGUCUGAGACUUAAGACUGUAAUUAUGGGUCCAGGAGCAGUAUUUACUAAGCCUUGAGUCUGAGACUUAAGACUGUAAUUAUGGGUCCAGGAGCAGUAUUUACUAAGCCUUGAGUCUGAGACUUGAGACUGUAAUUAUGGGUCCAGGAGCAGUAUUCACUAAGCCUUGAGUCUGAGACUGAAGACUGUAAUUAUGGGUCCAGGAGCAGUAUUCACUUAGCCUUGAGUCUGAGACUUAAGACUGUAAUUAUGGGUCCAGGAGCAGUAUUUACUAAGCCUUGAGUCUGAGACUUGAGACUGUAAUUAUGGGUCCAGGAGCAGUAUUCACUAAGCCUUGAGUCUGAGACUGAAGACUGUAAUUAUGGGUCCAGGAGCAGUAUUCACUAAGCCUUGAGUCUGAGACUUGAGACUGUAAUUAUGGGUCCAGGAGCAGUAUUCACUAAGCCUUGAGUCUGAGACUGAAGACUGUAAUUAUGGGUCCAGGAGCAGUAUUCACUAAGCCUUGAGUCUGAGACUUUAGACUGUAAUUAUGGGUCCAGGAGCAGUAUUCACUAAGCCUUGAGUCUGAGACUUAAGACUGUAAUUAUGGGUCCAGGAGCAGUAUUUACUAAGCCUUGAGUCUGAGACUUGAGACUGUAAUUAUGGGUCCAGGAGCAGUAUUCACUAAGCCUUGAGUCUGAGACUGAAGACUGUAAUUAUGGGUCCAGGAGCAGUAUUCACUAAGCCUUGAGUCUGAGACUUGAGACUGUAAUUAUGGAUCCAGGGGCAGUGAUUACGAACAGUCUCAAGUCUGAGUUCAGACUCAAGACUCAUUAUUGCAAAAUUUCAUUUCAUUGUAAUAUUCUUUUUAUCAGAGCAUUCAUGGUAAAACGUGCUGAAACAUAUUGCUAUUUGAUAAUUUUACUAAUAUAUACCUACAUUUUGUAAAAGAAAUGAAAUAAAUAUGAUUUUUUUCUUCCUUUAUGAAAAUGCUUUUCUGAGUCUGAGUCUAGACUUGGACUUGAGACUGUUCGUAAUCACGGCCCCAGGAGCAGUAUUUACUAAGCCUUGAGUCUGAGACUUUAGACUGUAAUUAUGGAUCCAGGAGCAGUAUUCGCUAAGCCUUGAGUCUGAGUUUCAGAAAAAGAAAACUGAAUUCUUAAAAUGUUCCAAAAUUUCUAUAACGUAACUAAUUUUGACCAAAAAAACUGUGCCUGAUUGAAGAAAAGGUUAUUUGUAACUCAUACAAUCAUCAUUGAUUGUUUACUGUCAAUGCUCUUGUAAUAGGAUUAUUUACAACAAGAUUAAAAUGAAGCUUUUCUGAGUCUCAAACUCUUGAGGAUAUUGAAUACCGGCCAAGAUGUCUUGCCUAGCUAUUAAAGCAUGCCUGUAAGAUCCCCUGUAGCUUUAUCUCACUUCAGUGCUAAUAUGAGUGUAGAAGUGUUCAAGCAAAUAAAACAUUGUACAGGGUACAACUCAUUUUUUGUUUUUAUGUAUUCUGUAAUUGUUAAGUAUUAUAAAAAGUCAUUAUUUGUGUAUUCACCUAUCAAUUUUUGUUGCUUUAACACAUCAUCAAAGAACAAAAUGUACAUGCAUGUAAUUGAGGUUUGAAUGCUGAAGGCACAGGUAUAUAUAACAAACCUUAUAUGAUAAGUUAAGCGAUCAAUGAUACACAUUGCUAGUCUCCUAACAUUAAGGCCCUAAUCAUAAGAAACUUUUUUCUGAGGCAGGUAUGGGUUAUAAUUUGAUAAAUUGUACAUGUAAUAAUGGAAAAGAGCAUUUUAUUUUUUAUUGGUUUGUCUUUCACUCAAUUGGUAGACUAAAUUGUGUUUGAUUGAUAACCUAAACCCUGGUAGGAAGUUGGUCUAUUGGUUUUGAGGUCAGUAGGUCAAAGUUUGUGGUGACCUUGAACACAAAAAGCAUAUCAGAUUAAUGGCAAGGGUAUGCCUGGGCCAACAAUUCUCAGUCUUAUGACCAGAAGUAGACCCUUAUUGACUUUGAGGUCAGUAGGUCAUGAUUGUGGUGACCGUGACCAUAAAAAUUUGGUCUGAUAAUAACAAGUAUGCUUUGGCUUAGGAACCUAAAACUUGAUAGGGUAGUUGGAGAUGCCAGCAGAUGACUCCUGGUGAUAUUUGAGGUCCAUAGGUCACGCUUGCAGUGACCUUGAACACAAAGUUUGUCUGAUUGAUAACUGGAGUAUGAAAAGUCUUCAAACUUGGUCAAAGAUCAAUUUCACAGUGGCCUUAAACAUAAACCUAAUCAAUAUUGAUAUAACAUUUACAUGUAAGACCCUCAAACUUAGUGGGGAAGUUUGUCAUGAUCUGUAAAUCCCUAUUGUUGACCCCUAUUAAUAUUUAGAUCAAAUAUCAAGCUCAACAAAAUGACCACAGUAAUGGUCAUCUUUUAAAAUGGGUAUUUAAAAAAACAAACUAAAAUGUUUGCUUGAACAGUGCAAGAAAUGGUCCAUCGUUGUAUUAUAUUGAACUGUUUAACCUGCAUUACCCUUAAACUUUCUCUUCAUAUUAUCCAACUAAUUCACUGUUGUAAAGAGAGGAUGCAAACUAUUGUACUCGAAACUAUAACUCAUCAACUCCUAUAACAAUAAUGAGAACUAGAUAUAUAACUGUAUUAUCCAAUGUAACUUGGUAGGGAUGUUGGUCAUAACCAGACAUUCAAUGUGAAAUGACUUGUUGGUUUUCAUAACGGAGGCAUAUGUCCUAUACAAACAUCUCAUGUUUUUUAACGCUUUGUAUGCAUUGCUUCAAGCGGUUGUAUUUUCAGAAAUAGGCAAAAGAACACUCGAUGAAUUUACUUUCUUUAGGUUGAAAAUGAAAUGUAAUAACACACAAAGUGACAAAGUUUUGGGGUAUGACACUGUAUUUCUUUGAACACAUCUGAUCCAUCAAUACUCAUCUCUUUUCUUUAUAUUAACUAAAUGCAAUUGUAUUUCUUGUUGUCCUGUAUUUGUUAUUGUUUGCCUAUGUUGAUUUUUUCAACAUCUAUAAACUUUAAGGGGGGAUAUAAUCCAUGUUUCCAUGGUAACGCUUCCAGGAAGCUUGAUUGUUGGCUUUUAUGUGAAUUAUGAGCAAUUUUAAGUUACCCAAGUAACAGUGGUUAAUGACAAGCUGCAGUCUAGUUUGACUAAUUAGUCUGGUCACUCUGGUCAAUGUUAUUUCGAGUUAUUUCUUUUGAAAUAAAACACAUAUUUUAAGAAAUCGACUAUAAUGCUUAAAACAGUUUAACAGCAGCCCUUGAUCAUUGCUAACCUUACAUAAGCAUAUUAUUAAUCUAAGGUCAUGUCAUGUCUGUCCAGCAUUAUCAUGUGAAUAGUCAUCCAUUAUGAACACUUCUAUCAGUAUGUUCAACAUCAUGUCAGUUUAAGGUUAUCUACAGGACUAUUUACAUUAAUAUUCAUUCAUUGUACUGUGAUUGUAUAGGUAACUACUUAUUUCCCCUGCAUGUUUAACAAUCAUUUAAAACAUAUUAUUUUCGGUUAUGUGUUGUAGUGAAAAUAAUUGUUGUUGUUUUUACCAAAUAUGUAGCAAUUGUUGCGUAUUUCAGUUUCAAUAUUUAGCUUCACCAUCUUGCAUAACCUGCACAAGCUUGGCGUUUCUGAGUCACCUAAUCAUAUAUUAGCAAUUAUUGUUACAUAUACAGAUUAUUUUUUAUAGAAAAUUGCUCUUUUAUCUGAGCGGAACUAACUGUUGUUGAUUUGAUGUCUUUCAUUUUAAAUAAACAUUAACUGAU